CCAAGGAAUCAGUCAAAUACAAUUCUUUCCAUAUCAAUAAAACGGAAUGCAAUUCUGCCUAUUCCAGGAAUACGAAAAAUGGUUUUAAAGCUGUGCACCAGAAAUAAAUGUUCCUUCUCUGAAAUCAAAAGCAAAAACAUGAGUGUGAACAAUUCAGAGAAAAGGAACAGAUAAAAGAUACAGUCUCAAAGAUAUUGACAUGUCUUAAGAAUUGGUAUUUGGGUCACACAGAACUUGCAUUCAUAGGAAAAUUCACAACAUGAUCUGUGCACUCUUUCAAUCCAUGUCAGUAUGCUCCACACUCCUCAUCUAUUUCUUGCAGAAAGAGAUCAUUUUGCCACUAGUGUCUCCAUACACAAACGUGAUGAAUACAGGACAGUGACAGGGAAACAAGCAAACACUUGCUCCGAACAAAAAGUCAUCACCAGCUCUUCUUACUCUCUUAAUCCCAAACCCAGAGAUAGUCUGUAAUUAUCACACAAGUCUGCAGAGUGAGAAUGAAAUGUGGAAGGAAGCAGUCCCACAAGAAGCAAAGAAGUCCCACAAGAGCAUAUGCAUCUCGGGAUAUCUUAGUUUGAUUUUUGGAUCUGCCACUUCCAUUCUCCCAAAAGUAAGUGUGACCGUUCUCAGGAAAGGUUGCCUCUUUGUGAAUAUGAAUGCUGAGCACAAAGGGUUCCACUCCUCCACGGAGGCUUCAAGAUACUCUCAUCCUUUAUCAGGCAUUUAUUUCAUUCAGAGAGAGAAAAACGAGUAGGAAAUUUAAUCCAAGGCAACUAUUUACAGUAGCACUCGCGAUGCUUGGAAGCGGGGUUUGAAAGCACUUGCUAAUGAUCUCCUGUCACUCAAAACCGAUCUUGAAACAACUACCAUUGCCAUUUGGAUCACUGCAUGAAAGGAACAACAAACCCUGAAAUCUCAAAUGAGUGUAAGCCAUAUCUGGAUUUCUGUUGCUUGCCAGAGAAAUGUUUGCAUUGUGGGUUUGAUCCACGCAAGGGCCCUUUGGGAGGAUUUCAAUAUUGUACAAUCUUUGUUUUUUAGAAGUGUAAUAUUGAAGCUGUUGGCAGUGCAGAAUGACACAAAUGGACAAACAAAAAGUGAGGAAAUGUGGCAAAGCUGACGAUCCGCAGGAGCGUUACUCUGAGAAAAACAUUUCCUUAGAGAAGUUUCAACAUUUCUUGCAACUCAUCCUAUUCGCUCAGCUAUUCCUCAAGCAGUUCAGCACUCUCAAGCACAGCUGCAAGGCAUCUGUUCAUCUCCCUUUUAUCUCCAAAGUACCCCAGUCCUUGAGUGAGCGGUGGGUGGGGAGGAAGGAGAGGAUGCUGGUCGGAAAGCCAGGGGCACAGCUCCUGCUUUGGGGUGAGGAAGCAUGAGCUUUGUGUCUGCUGCUCCUGGGACCCCACCCUGAGGCUUCUCCAAGCAGGAAGGGCAGAUGCAGAGCUUCCAGAGACUGACUUCAUUGGCACUUGUUGUCUAGUCCAGCAGGAUACAAAGCCAACACAGCGACAUGACUGGUCACGUCAUCCAGUGGGAGGAUCAGACCCAAAGGUCUGAUAUAUAGCAGUGCUCUGUCUGCAUGGCUCGAAAGUGAGUCCAGUUGUCCUUCAGGUUAAUAGUCAGUAUACGGCAGGAGAACAUCUCCGGGAUGAAACUGGCACUGCUGCUAGUGCUGGCCAUGCUGGCAGUGUUCUGCCAUCCUGCUACAGCUUCACCUUGUGACCUCCUCCAGAAAAUAACGGAAAGGUUUCUCUUUGGGUCUGUUGAUGAGUUUAUGAACGUGGUGUCUCCAUUCAUCACAACACCUGCUAUGAAUGCGAUGGAAAGCAGCCUGAAGAAGUGUGUGCAGGCUUCUGUCACAGCCAAACAGGCUCUUGCACUACUGCUGACUCAGAUAUUUGACAAGUGCUAAAGACAGCACGAAUCUGCUAUCAUCGAGGAGCCAAUGAGAAACCAGAGAUCACAGAAUGAACGAUGGAAUCAUCGAAUGGCCUGGGUUGGAAACGACCUCCAAGAUCAUCUACUUUCAACCCCCUGCAGGGUCGCGAGAUCCGUGAUACCUGCGUGUCCCAACAGCUGCUCACUUUCUUCUCUCUCAUCCCGCAGUCACAAUAAAGAACCUCCUCUCAAUUCACGUUUCAAUAAACUCAACGCGAUUCAGCCCUUCGUUCCUCUUUCAGUGCUUGCUUUCAGAAGCGAUGUUAGCCACACGCCCCUCGUCGCAGGGGAGUUGCACUGGGCGACCUUUAAAGGUCCUUUCCGACGCUACGGCCGCUCGCGAUGCGAACUCCGUCCCCCCGCGCCGCUCCUCCCCGCUGCCGAGGGGCGGCACCGGCCCGUGCUCGCGCUCCGCCCGUCCCCGGCGCAGUGCCGGUCACGUGGUGUCAGGGUGCUGCCCCCCCCAGCCGGCGGCGAACCGCGCCGAUGGAGGCGGGAGCCGCCGCCGAGACGGAGCCGCUGCUGCCCCCGCGGAGCUGGCGGGCGGCGGGGGGCGCCGCCGGAGCUGCUGAGGAGCUCCGCAUCAACCAGGCCGUGGUGUUUAUCGAAGACGCGAUACAGUAUCGAUCUAUAAAUCACCGCAUGGACUCCAAAUCCCUGUGGCUGUAUCGCUGGUAUUAUUCAAGAAUUUGCCAGUGGAUUUUGAGCUUGACCAUUACUGUGAUCCUGGCUUUGGCUUUCAUUGAAACACCGUCCUCGCUUACUGUCACAUCAGAUGUGCGAUACCGCCUUCCUGCGUGGGAUCCUCCGUGCGGCCUGACUGAAAGCAUUGAGCUGCUGUGCUUCCUGGUCUUCGUGAUCGAUGUGUCUGUGAAGAGUUACUUAAUUGGAUGGGAAGAAUUUUGGAAAAAUAAAUGGCUGAUGGCUUAUAUCCUGACGUUAAUUAUUUCCCUUACUGAUUGGGUUGUGUCGCUGAGCUUUUUCUGCACAGAGACUGUACGGAUAAGAAGAAUUCUUCGUCCUUUCUUUCUCCUUCAGAAUUCUUCGAUGAUGAAGAAAACAUUAAAAAGCAUCAACAGCACGUUGCCUGAAAUGGCAAGCGUUGUUCUACUACUCGCUGUUCAUCUGUCUCUCUUUACCAUGUUUGCCAUGCUGCUGUUUGCUCGAACAAAGGAUGGUCAACAGGAUAAGGAAUGGGUUGGUUACUUUCGGAAUUUGCCAGAUUCCCUGACAUCACUGCUGGUCCUGCUGACUACAGCAAAUAACCCUGAUGUAAUGAUUCCUGCUUAUUCUAAGAACCGAGCAUAUUCCAUCUUCUUCAUACUCUUCACUGUAUUAGGUAACUUAUUUCUGAUGAACCUACUUACAGCAAUAAUCUACAACCAGUUUCGCGGGUACCUUCUGAAAUCUGUUCAGUCCUCCCUCUUCAGAAGACGGCUGGGAAUCCGGGCUGCAUUUGAAGUGCUUUCUUCCCUAAAAGAGACUCCUGCUAAUGCAGAACAGUCAUGUGUUAGUGCUGGAGCCUUGCUUCAAGUGCUGCAGAAAGUUGAAAUGGAUUCUCGCAGCAGGCAAGCAAUCAUGAUGUCACUCAAAAUAUGCUCCUGUGACCAGCUGUCAGCUGCCCAGUUCCAGUGGCUCUUCGAAGAGCUAGACAAGGAUGCCAUUAAACAACAUCCUCCCAGUCCAGAGUACCAGUCCCAUUUCAUGCAGAAAAUGCAGUUUGCCUUUGGCCAUCCUUACUUUGGCUACUUGGGAAAUGUUGUUGCCCUUGCAAACAUCGUUUCCAUCUGUGUGGUUUUGGUGUUGGAUGCAGAUAAGCAGCCUUCUGAAAGAGAUGACUUCUUCUUAGGGACUAUCAACUGCUUCUUCAUCAUAUACUAUCUGAUGGAAAUGUUGUUGAAAAUCUUGGCAAUGGGCUUGAAAAGAUACUUAUCAUACCCAAGCAAUAGGUUUGAUGGUCUUCUAACUACAAUUUUGCUGGUUUUGGAGAUUGCAACUUUUGCUGAAUAUGGAUUUCCUCAUCCUGGUUGGAGACCAGAGUUUGUGGGCCUGCUAUCCCUGUGGGAUAUGGUGCGACUGGUGAACAUGUUAAUUGUGUUCAGGUUCCUGCGGAUCAUUCCUAAUAUGAAGUUCAUGUCUUUGGUUGUUACUACGUUGCUGGACCUGGUAAAAAACUUGAGAGCCUUUGCAGGAAUCCUGGUGGUGGUUUUCUAUGCAUUUGCUAUAACUGGCAUAAUGCUGUUCAAAGGUGCUGUGGUUCCUCUGGGAAAUGUCAGCCUUGUUAAUACAACGUAUAACAACAGCACUUUGCAGUGUGGGACCUAUGAGCAACUGGAAUAUUGGCCAAACAACUUUGAUGACUUUGCUGCAGCAUUAGUGACUCUCUGGGAUGUGAUGGUAGUGAACAACUGGCAAGUCUUUUUGGAAGCAUUUUCGAGAUACUCAAGUCCGUGGGCAAAGAUCUAUUUUGUAGCCUGGUGGUUGAUCUCCUCUGUCAUAUGGGUUAAUCUCUUCAUAGCUUUACUUCUAGAGAACUUUAUUCACAAGUGGGACCGUCGCUGUCAUCGGGAGUCUCUCUCAGAUAUCGAAUACCAGAGGACAGUUGAACUAAUGUUCAGAGAUGUUUUGGAAGAACCGACAGAGGAAGAGCUGAUGGAAAAGCUGCACCAACAUCCACACCUGCACUUAUGUAGGUGACUGGUGGGAAGGAUGGACUUAUUUAGACCUCUGUUUUUUGAGGUUGUCAGCUGGAAGAAAUAGAACGGAUUUUCUGUGAGGUGCUGUUGGAGAGGUUUGCAAGGCAAUAUGUAAGGCUUUGCUUGACAAUUCUCUGCCAAAAGAAUGUUUUUAAUUGUUCGUAUUUGAAUCCUUGCUAUUCCAACUUGAUUUUAAGUUGCAAUUUUAGAGGAGUAUUGCAGCUAUUAUUUUUAUAAACUGUUGGUAUCAGAAAGUUUUAUUUUCUUUUUUAAGAAGGGAAAGUGUGUUAAAAGGACAGUGCACUUUAAAACAUGAACUUUGUACCACUAGGCCUACUAUUUUGAAAAGCACAAGAAAAUGGAGCUGCCUUUCCUAGCAGGGGAGUGUGGAGAGGGCUGCACCCUGCAGUUGGUGAACAGAUUAGGCAGGGCCAAAACAAAAUCCUUCCUUUUUCUGUAGGGAGACUGAAACACUAUUUUCACUGAAACAUGACACCAGCCUGUCUUACUAAAUAUACAGGAGUUAAUCACUUCAGAACACAAUUAAUUUCAACUGUGGUUGAACUUAAUCACGUGGAGUGCCUACUUCACACCUCUUCCAUUUGAUCGAGGGUUUGUGCUGGUUGCACCUGCUGGUUGCCUUGAGAGCAAUAGUAAGUGUGAAUGGAAAAAUUACAUUUAUGGUUUUCAGUGUGAUAAGACUGAGCUCACCUUUAGGGUAGAUAUUUUCAUGUUGCUUUUCAGCGAACUCUUCCUAAAGUUAAUCUUCCAAAUUGUGUUUUACACUGUAUCAUGUUCCAUAAAAAAGCUGAGGGGAAUGAACUUUUGGCCAGAUGUAGCAUCGUGAUCACUGUGAGUCUCCCUUUAAAAGGGGGUGAAAAAAGGCUGAGUGGGAUAAUCAAAGUGCAUAGCAGUUCAGAUUUUCUUCUGAGUGUUGCUGUGGCUUUGGGGCCACUUGUUGUGUACCUGAGUAAUUUGUCUUGUGUAAAUACCUUGGUCAAUGUAUCUAAAGUUGAGAAUUAACAGUAAGUUAUGUUUAUGUGCUUCUCGUUACCCCUUAGUAUUUCUCUAAAAAUGGUGCUUAUGUUUGGUUCUUUGUCACAUAACUAGUAAAUUGCUGUCACAAAUAGACUCGUUUCCAACUUAAAUUUUUAUAUGUGAAAAUGAAACUAUACUUUGAGGCACUGAAUUUUCAUUGAGUCACUUGUCACUAAAAUAGCCAAUGAUUCUCUGCACCUGGCAAAGGCCUGGGGAAGUAAAUGGCUCUAUAAUGUCUAUGAACUUAGGGGUUAUUUGAUACUUUUUAGAUAACAAAACUUUAUAGAAAGUGCCAAGUAGUCAUCCUAUUUACUUUUUACUCUUUUUUUUGUCAUCAGUUUUUUUUCUAGUUUCCUCUCCCUAAUACAGGAAAGAAUCUGGGACAAUGGUGCAACAAGCUCAGAAGUGUAUUUUUGCAUUAUUGCAUUAUUUAAAAGUUAUUUGGCAGUUCUUGUCUGUUUCUUUAUCACUAAUUUUCCUUAUGCUUUAGACAAAGUGCAUGUCUUGUUUGCAUAUUUAUAUGAAGUCUCAGCUGAACUCUAUGCCAUGCAGCAAUUUUUCUUCUGUAAUUCUGCACCUUAAGCCAUGCUGUUGUCUUUUUCACUUUUGUCUCCAUUCCUUAAUAAUCCAAUGAGUAACUUGAUUGCACAGGUUCCAGGGGCAUUACUAUGCUUAUAUUCUAUUGUGAACUUCAAACACAGAUUAUAGCGAGUAGAUAAAAGGCACCAGCACACUUCUUUCUUUGAUUUUGGUUUUGUCAGGAUGAUUUCUGCUUUUUUGAGCUUGAUUUAAUCACAAAUACCAAUUUAUUGGCACUGUUAAUGGAGUUAUACUCUACUGACCUUUUUACUCAAUCAUCUUUUUCAUUUUGGACUUUUCUAAAUACUUGGAGAAGCCACUUUGCCUGGCCAGAAAGUUGGUGACCGUUUCCUAUUGGCUUGCAAGCUUCAAUUCUGUUUUGUUUAUUUGUUAUUAAGAUUUUUUUUUUGUCCAUGACAUUCCACCACAAUCUACCAAAGCAACAUGAGUUGGUGUGGAAUUAUCAUCACCAGUGCCUCUGCAGUGCAGUCUUCACAUCUGCACAAGGGUGAAGAAGGCUUUCUGAAGGGAGUAGUCUUAGCCUUGUUCAUGUUUCACAGUUGUGUAAUGAAUGGGGAAGUUUAAUUAGAAGUUAAUAUUAAAUCUAAUGGCAGUUGUACUGAAAGAUGUAAAUGACCACAAGUCUUGCACAGUAACUGUAUAAAUCAUGACAAUUAAUGUAACUGGGUAAAAUUUGAGGUUUGUAUUAUUAAAAAGGUUUAUUCUUAAAAUAUGAAAGUAA